UGAUGGGCAUGACAGCUGGUCGUGGCCCCACCGUCACUACAGCGCGGUAAAGCGCGGCGCUGAAGCCCCGGCCCGCAGGUCCGUGUCCACCGCUGCCGCCGCCCGGCUUCGCUUCGCAGUCGAUCCAGGGCGAUGUUCGUGGCUCGGAGCAUCGCGGCCGACCACAAGGACCUGAUCCACGAUGUCUCUUUCGAUUUCCACGGUCGACGGAUGGCGACCUGCUCCAGCGACCAGAGCGUGAAGGUGUGGGACAAAGGCGAAAGUGAAGAAUGGCACUGCACAGCCAGCUGGAAGACGCACAGUGGGUCAGUGUGGCGGGUGACAUGGGCCCACCCUGAGUUUGGACAGGUGCUGGCCUCCUGCUCAUUCGAUCGGACUGCUGCCGUAUGGGAGGAGAUAGUGGGCGAGUCUAACGACAAACUGCGGGGUCAAAGUCACUGGGUGAAGCGGACUACACUGGUGGACAGCAGGACUUCAGUGACGGAUGUGAAAUUUGCCCCCAAACACAUGGGCCUGGUUCUUGCCACCUGUUCCGCAGAUGGCGUUGUGCGGAUAUACGAGGCCCCAGACGUCAUGAACCUCAGUCAGUGGUCCCUGCAGCAUGAGAUCUCCUGCAAAUUGAGCUGCAGCUGUAUUUCCUGGAACCCCUCCAGUUCCCGUUCUCAUCCUCCAAUGAUAGCAGUGGGCAGUGAUGACAACAUCACAAACAUAGGUGGCAAGGUUCAAAUUUAUGAAUACAAUGAGAAUACCAGGAAAUAUGCAAAAGCUGAAACCUUAGUUACAGUCACCGAUCCUGUGCAUGACAUUGCUUUUGCUCCAAACCUCGGAAGGUCAUUCCAUAUUCUUGCAGUAGCAAAUAAAGAUGUUCGAAUUUUCACACUAAAACCAUUAAGAAAAGAAAUGAGCAGUUCUGGGGGCCCGGCAAAAUUUGAAAUUCAAACUGUGGCGCAGUUCGAUAAUCAUAAUUCACAGGUGUGGCGUGUAAGCUGGAAUAUCACUGGUACAGUCUUGGCAUCCUCUGGAGAUGAUGGAUGUGUCAGAUUAUGGAAAGCUAACUACAUGGAUACUUGGAAAUGUACUGGCGUAUUGAAAGGAGAUGGAAGUCCUGUAAAUAGUGCCUUAAACCCACAAUCAAUGGGACUUCUUAAUCCUUCUGCAGUAUUAAGCCCUUCAUCCUCACAGAAUCCAUUUAAUGGACCGUCUGGCGGAGGGAGGAAACUCUGAUACAUCUUGCCUUCUACACUCACAAUGCCCUUUUCAGCUGAAAGAAAACACAACUGAUCUCAAGCUAACUGGAGUAACCUUGCUGUCUUGCUGCUUGUUGCAUGCACACAGGAAUGAAACGUGAACUCCUUUUUACCCCCUCCCCAGCGACAUCUGAUAUCUCCAAAGACCAACCAGCAACCUGCUUACUAAUAUCCUUGGAUGGAAGGCUUCUAUAAAAUUAAACAUUUUUUGUCCCUGUUUAAUAGUGUUUUUUGAAUACUUGGCAUCAAUGUACAGGCAACUCAAAGGAGAGGCACAUAUUGCCUUGCAUUACGGAAGCAGUAUUGAAGCCUAUUUUAAAUUUUGCAACGCCAUUUACAAAUAACAAUAAAAUCACCAAUUUUUUAAUAUAUAAAACCCAAAGCAGAUAUGUGCGGGACCAAGAAUUUUGUGUUCCAAUUGGACAGAUUAAAUAAAUCAAGGUUUAUAUUGUCACUAGUGUAUGUAUUUGUUUUUUUUAUCAUCGUUGUAUUUUUAAAUUUUCUUUAUUACUUUCACCAAACACUGGUAAAAAUUAAAUUGAUUCCUGAUUGUGUUUACAGAAUGAUUUAUGAACUGUUUGAAAAUAAAGCUGAAAAGUAGUUAAAGGUUAUUGCAUCAAAUUGCCUUACUGUGAUCAAUUUCCUAACCAGGAUCCAAUGUUUUACUUUAAUUAUUUUAGGCAUUUGUAUCUUGUUUUCUUAUUCACCAAUUUUCUUUGUCUUCUGUUCUUUUCUCCCAUUGUUUUCUCUCGCCUGUCUUCCUCUACAUCGUUUCAGGUCUUUCUUUCCCACUCCGGACCAUGCUCGGGCCGGAUCGAGAUGGUCCAGUUAUGCCCUGCUUCCUCCUCUUCCUCUUCCUCCUACGGCAGAACAAUCUUGUGAUGCUGACACAACCCACCUACAAUAUCGUAACUCUCAAAAUCGAUACUCCAACAGGUCUCUCAAUUCUCUACUUGAGAAUGAGGAGAUGCAAUAAAAAAAUGAUCUACUUAUGCAGAGGUGAUAAUGUAUAUGUUUCUGCUAACUUAUUUUUACCCUGACUUUUAAUGUACAUAUAAAGUUUCUCAACAGGGAACUUUAUUAGCUUAAUUCAUAUUUGAAUGAUGGAACUAUGUAGAUAAUUUGAUGUUGGAAAGCCUUUCUCAAUCCAUGUAAUAACACCAGAAUAUUUAAGAUUGGAAAUCUGCAAUUGUCGGCUGGGUAGACUAAGUUAAAAUGAAAAUGUUAUGGGUGUGCCUUAAAAAUCAAUGUCUACUGUUAAGAGUUUUUAAAUCAAGGUAGUUCUGUUUUAUAAGGGAAUUUUGGAUUACGUUUUUGAAAUUAUUUGACUCUCAACUUUUUCUAAAUAUUGCUUGUGUUUUCUGUUUGAGAGAAAAUUAUGUAUGUUUUAAAUAUGUUAACAGCCAAGAAUGGAGUGAUGCAUGCAGCACUGUUGGCAGGAUGAUCAUACAAGCUGCACUCGUACUUAACAUUCCCGUGUAGUCUAUUUGACGUAUUUAAACCAGGCAAUGGUAUUCAAUUACAUGGGGAAAUCGAUUGAGUGUAAAAUUAAUUAAAUGGUUUUGUUGAAAUAAUAAAGGUGUAUUGAAAACAA